AUGACCAUGAAAACUUUCAGACAACUCAAGAUCUUCUGGGACAAGGCAGUGGAUCCCUUAGUCUACAUCGAGCCACUCGUGGCGCUUCUGAUCAUCGGGAAUGGGAUCAUGAUCGGUUUGCAGACAGAUCCUGCCAAUGUCGACUGGGAUGGCUGGCUUGCAUUCGAGAUCACCUUUGCCGUCGUGUUGUGGGUGGAGAUCAUAUUUCGGAUCCGGAUGCUGCGGUGCUUUGACUACUGGUGCGGCACAGAGCGCUACUGGAAUUGGUUUGAUUUGCUCUUAGGCGUGACGGGUGUUGCAGACAUCUUGCUGCAGAUCGUCUCCAACAAUGAGGUCGAAAUUGGGGGCGCCGGACUCCUCAGAUUCUGCCGAUUGAUCCGACUGGUGCGCAUUGUAAAGGUUUUCAGGAUCAAAAUGCUGAAGGAUUUGCGCCUGAUGAUCAAAGGCCUGGUUGCAGGCAUCAAAACAUUAAGUUUGGCCUUCAUGUUGCUUUUUGCGGUGCUCUACGUCAUCGCUGGAUUUAUGACGAUCUCCAUUGGUCAGGAUCCCAUCACGCAGCAGAUUGGAUUGGAUCGCUAUUUUGACACGAUCCCUGCCACCAUGUUCACAGCCUUUCGCUGCUUCAACGGUGAAUGUGUCACUGAGCAUGGCCAUGCGAUUCCAUUCAUGUUGUCCGAGAGAUUUGGCCUACCCUUCCAGCUGGCCUAUGUGGCCAGUUACAUGUUGGUGACCAUGGGAAUUUUCAAUGUGAUUUUGGCAGUCUAUGUUGAUAUCACGAUGAGAGCGGCCAAGGAGAAUGAUGUGCAAACAGCCGAAGCCUACUCACGGGAAUCCAUCCGAAUCGCUCGCACCACGCGUGAGCUUCUCAAACGUUUUGUGGCGGCGUACCACGCAUUCAUCGACAUGGAAGAGAAUGGGACGCCUGCUCACAAGGGCAGUCUCCGGAAAUUGCCUUCGGCGGCCUUGCUGACCGAAGAUCUCAUGACCGACAUCAACAUCAGCAAGGAGCUUUUCUUGCUGGUCAUUCAGGACAAGAAGAUCCAACGGCUAAUGGAUGAACUGGACCUACCACCCGACCGUGCCAAUUUGUUUGAAGUCAUCGAUGCUGAUGGUAGUGGGACCUUGGAAAUGGCCGAGCUCUUACAUGGCUUGCUGAAGAUACGCGGUGAAGUGAACAAGAGUGACACCGUGGCGUCCUACUUGGCCACCAAAGCGGUGCAGAAUAUGGUGAGCGAAUUGAAGGAGGAGACGACCAGGACCGUCAAGGAGAUGAAAGCUAAGCUCUUUCAGCAGAUGAUGGGCUUGGAAAACAAGUUGGAUGCCAUGGAGGUCACCCUCAACCGAUCCGACACCUCCUACAUUGGCAGCAGCAUCAACAAGUCCAUUUCCUUUCCCAGUGCCGUGAGGGAACGGAGCACGAGGAGCACCCCGAGCAUGUAUCGAGAACCCCACAACCAUCACACGAAGCCGCUGGGGGACAUGACCCCCUCCGUUCAACCUGGCAUACUUGGGGACCUCGAUGCGGAAGCGACCAUGGAUAUGGACCCGUUGGACGAAGCGAGUAAUGAAUAG